CAAACCCGCACAUAAAACCCCUCACUUUGAUAUAGAACCUAACCAGGUCGCAUAGGUCUAGCUCCUCUCUCUAAAAACCUUCGCAACAUGAGAAAAGCUUCCACUCUCGCUUCCUCCAUCCUCUCCCGAACCCUUGCUACUGUUUCCAAUGGCGCUUUUGUCCCCAAUAGCGCCGUCCAGCACCGGCUCAUCCAGGUGGCGCUCUACUGCAACAGCAGCGGAGGCAGUUCCCAUGCUCCCGGGCGUUGGUCCUCUACGUUAUCGGGGCGCGCUGCGUCAGUAGGCUUUGCUGGGGCUCUUGCUUCGAUCGCAACUGUGGCGUCUAUGUCCCAAGAGGUUUAUGCCAAGGAACCGCCUUGCCAGGAGCUCAUGCCGAAGGAAGUUGUUCUUUAUCAGUAUGAGGCUUGUCCUUUUUGCAAUAAGGUUAAAGCAUUCCUGGAUUACUAUGAUAUUCCUUACAAAGUAGUGGAAGUGAACCCCCUUAGUAAGAAAGAGAUCAAAUGGUCCGACUACAAGAAGGUGCCAAUAUUGAUGGUUGAUGGCGAACGACUCGUUGAUUCAUCAGCUAUAAUUGAUCAGUUGAGUGAGAAGAUACUUCCUAAGAACACAGUUGAUAUUGCCUCAGAUGAAGAUAAUGAAGAGAAAAAGUGGCGAGGGUGGGUUGACAGCCACUUGGUGCAUGUCUUAUCGCCAAACAUAUAUCGCAAUACUUCAGAAGCUAUUGAGGCAUUUGACUAUAUUACAAGCAAUGGUAAUUUUAGCUUCUUCGAAAAAAUUUCUGUGAAGUAUGCUGGUGCUGCAGCUAUGUACUUUGUGUCCAAGAAUUUGAAGAAGAAAUAUAAUAUUACUGAUGAGCGUGCUGCCUUGUAUGAAGCUGUAGAAACAUGGGUUGAUGCUCUAAAUGGUUCGGAGUUUCUAGGAGGAACAAAGCCCAACUUGGCCGACCUCGCUGUUUAUGGGGUGCUAAGGCCAAUCCGUUAUCUGAGAUCUGGUAGAGAUAUGGUGGAGAACACUCGAAUAGGAGAUUGGUAUACAAGAAUGGAAGGGGUAGUGGGAGAGCCUUCACGCAUUAAGGCGUAGACUGAAAUUCCCCUCCAUGCUCUCUGCCACCAUGAGUUUACGGGCUCUGCGGUAGAGAACAAAUUUAGCAGAUGAAAGGAGAAAGUUUUUUACUGGAAAAAUUUUUGGCCACUUAUAUGAGAUAAAUGAUAGUGAUGGCAGGAUCAUUCUUGUUUGAGUUUCCAUAGGAUGUAACUAUGAUUACUUUAGCUCUCUCUGUGAGAGAAUUUUUUUUUUUAAGGCUUCUAACCAUUGUUUGUGAAAUAAUAUCAUCAUUGUGUACAAUGUGCAUUACUUGCAAUACCUUUGGGCUUUGCGCUGAUUAGAAGCUAAGCCUGUCUGUGAAGGUUUAGAGCUGUGAAAAGCAUUUGUUUCAUGAUCUGAGGACCAUUUUUGUGAUGGGGCUGUUUCUUA